AUCCGACUCCGAUGUAUCUCUGGAAGAAGACAGGGAAGCAGUGCGGAGAGAGGCAGAGCGACAGGCCCAGGCACAGUUGGAAAAAGCAAAGGUAAGGUGUUAUGUCUCAUCACAGGUCCAUAAAAUGUUCUGCUUUAAAAGUCUGUAAUCUUAUCUGUUACUGGUACAACUGUUUUUAAUAUGUGAGCGUGCACCAUCAGACAUAAAGUUUUUUUUCCAUACGAUAGUAGAAAUUAUAUUUUUUAGGAAAAAAACAGAAUAUGUAUCUUCCAUGAAAAGCCCUCGAUUUGCUUGUGUAUUUAAGAAUAAUCUCUUUAAAAUGUGUAUACUUUUUUCUUGUAUUGAAUGUACGUAUUGAUUUGCGGUACAUAUGGUCAAAGCUUAGAGUUCUGACUGAGGAGACUUGCAGAAGUUUGCCUGUGGAUCCCUAUGGCACUUAAAACUUCUAGAAAUCGUCCCUCAAAUGUUCUAUUCACCUCCCUUCAGUGAAGGAUCAGUCCCUACAAGUCAUAUGGUAAUGAAAUCUCUUGGAAAGAUCUCUUUUUCCUGGAGACUUCACUGGCUUUCUUUACCCUUUAAGUGUUAGUUGAUCCUGUGCUUAAUAUGCUUUAGGACUUGUUAAGACCUCUGCUUAUAACUUUGUACUGUUGGCAUACAGUGACAGAUUAGGACAGAAGUACCAGAUGAGCUUCAAGUUCUUCCUUUGUGUUUAUUUAGGACUGUGAGGCUUUUAACAGUAAUACAGUGAAAGAGUAUUUGCUUGUUUUUCUUUCAUCUGUGCUGCAUCUUUAAAUACUAUUGCACCUGUAAAAAUCAUGCUUGUCUUGUUUGUUAUCCUUCAUUUAUCACUUCAUUUCAGUCUCUUUUCUCUUUGCUGUCUGCCAGAUCUUGGUGUACGACUUUUCUAAGAGCUGUUCUUCAGUACCGUUUCUUAUAUAUUGAAAUGCACUGCAUAGAUUCCUCCUCAGCUCUCCCUUUUUUUCUUCCUGUGAUCUCCGUGUUUCUCUCUGGCUCCCUUCCUCCAUUUUUUGCCUCGGUUUUUAUUUCAUUAUCUCUGAUCUACCUCUCGUUCUGUUUCCUUUUCCACUGCCAGCUUUGCCUCUGCCCAUUUAUAUCCCCUGUUUUAUGAGAGUUUUUGAUAAAUUCAGGAGUCCACAUUGCUGAGGUAUUCAUUUGAUCACGUAGCGAGGGCCAGCUCCAUAAACAGUACAGCAAUAUAAUGCAUAGAGGGUUUCUUCAGGCCAGGAAACUUGAACAGGAAAACUAAAGCUGUUUUUUUGUUGUUUUUGUUUUUCCCCAAAACAUAAUUGUUGACCUAUAUUUAAUAACAGCUCAUAAAGCAUCUUUUUGAUGAACUGUUGGAACUUGCCAACCCCAGGAGCUGCUGAACACUUCUUUGAAGUUGAGUGCUGCUGCUGUAGGAUCAGUACAGUAGAGGUGCCCUAGAAGCAGCCUGUUUUUUCCCUUUCCCCUCAUAUCUUAGAGCUGGUGCUGAUCAUAAUCAGGAGUUUCAGUUUUAUCAGUAUCGCUUUUUGUUAGCUGAAUAUUUUCUCCUCUCUUAGGAAAGAUGAUAAAGACUGCUCUGAAAUUCAGGUGAGGUGAUGAAUUUUAUCUGUAAAUGCACAAUCUUUAAAAUGAAGAGUUGCAGUAAUAAUAUCUUGCAGACUAAUCAGGGUAGAACUACUGCACUUACUGCUGAACUGAUGCAUCUCCUAGUGAUGAGUAAAUCUAUGCUAGUGUUGCUAUGGGAAUUUGGCUUGCUGAUGCUGGCUUGAAUGCAUGGACAGCCCUUAUGUAAUAUUCAUGACCUCUAGCACAGCUGCCAUUGUAGUGCAUAGCGAAAAUGCUACCAAACCCCGUUUUUAAACUGUCUUUCUAUACAUUAAAGCAAUGUUCUCACUCCAGCUGGCAUAAGAUACAGUCUCUAGGUCUGACACCAUCUGAGACUAUAAGACAACUUGUGAUCAGUCAAAGUAGCAAAGGCAACUGCCAAAAUCAGCCUGCUGUAACAAUGGUAAUUCCAAUUGUACAUAAGCACAACAUGAAUUAUUUAAAACUCUUGUGCUUUAAAACAGUUUAAAGCUGGAACUACGUGAGCAGUUUUGUUUCUUGAUCCAAAUAUUAAAAACCAGAUCAGGCUGCAACGCAUGGAAAUAAUUUUAUUUAGUGAGUAUAGUAGUACAGCAUUUAGGGUGGAGUAAUAUUUAAAUACUGUAUGUAUUUUCACUUACAUUUGAAGUAAACAUUUAAAAAGACAAAAUAUAAACCUAACCCAGUAGAUCUGAAGUACUACGGAGUGUGCUGUUCUGUCUGCCUUUGCUGGCAGUUCAAGUUCCUCUCCUGUCUGCCACAGAGCAGGCAGUGAGGCAGGAACUCCGGCCCAUGUUGCUGACUCUCUGUGCCCUGACCUCUUCCCGCAGGCUGCCGCUCACUGCACGGCUGCUGCUCCGGCACCAGGCAGUGCUGAUGCAGCUGCUUUAACUUUGCACCUUUCAACGCUGCAAAUGGAAGUGUUGAUCCUAAAUAAAGUCAUUGUGAUUCUGUUUGUCACAGGAAUUAGAAAAGGGUGACAUACAUGAAUAAUGCAGCAGUGAGGGAAAAUGAUCGUGAAUUAAGCAUAGAUGGAAAAAAAAAGUGCAAAAACCUGUUGAACUGUGUCAUACAGUCAGUGAAAACAAAUUUAAUGACAUCCAUUUUCCUUCCUUACAGCUAGGGAAAACACCUAGCCUGUAGAGAAAAGCUGUACUACUGAAGCACACAGUGACAGAUUGUUAGGAUGAUUUGUAAGGUUUUUAAUUUGGGAUUUUUAUGGAUUCUAAUAUCAUAUCCCAUAUGCAACCAGUAGGGUGAAAUAAAAACAGAAGAGAUAGUAAGAAAAUACUCAUUCUGGCCGCUUGUUUUUUAAAAGCAUCGCUUCUCUAGAAAAUGGUUAAGCAGAUUUUGCUGACUCAUUUUGGCAUGUGAUUUACUGUAAGGAAGCAGGGCCAGGGCACAUCUAUGGAGCUGUGCAGGGAUGGAAAACAAAGAGGCAACAGAUGAGGGUACCUGUGGGCCAGCAGCUAUUCCCAGUGGAAACAGAACUUCAAAGGAAGCUGAUAAGCCUGGAGAUUAAAAAAAUAAUAAUAAAUAAAAAAAUAAGAAAAUCUUGGUUUGAGCAGUUUUACAGUGCAGGUACUGAAAGGUGGAUUUCUGUGUUCAAGGCACUGAGAAUUUCCUGGGAAUCCUCUUCAUAGCCCAUAGUAUGAGGACUCAGUUAAAGAGGACCUUCACUGUGGCUGAUGUGUGCCCCCUUAAUGAUGCCCUGGUCUAAGGAUUUGUACUGCUAUUCUUUUUUGAAUUUUAUAUUUAUAUAAAGACAUAAAUCUCGUGCAUUUGUAAGGCAAUAAAUGAGUAGAUUCAGUGGCACAUUGCUUUUAGUAUUCCUAUUUUCAAAAUUUGUCAUUUCUGCUUGGUUUUUGCCUUUGAAAGUUGAGGAUUAAAAAGAAAAACCUUUCUGUCAGUUCCUAGGAAGUACUUAAUUAUCCCGUAAAAUAUUGCAGCUGAUGGUAGAGAUGGGGUCAAAGGACUGUGAGGUAUGAAUGUUAGUGAGAUCUUAAAAUUCAGCGCUAAAGAAACUAAUGCUUAUGUAUAAGAAAGGUAGCUUUGGUCUUGGUGUUUGAUUUUUCUUUUGUUUGUUUGUUUCUUUCUUUGUUUUUGGCCCUUUCCAUGCCAGUGAAAUCAAAUACGGUACAGAAUAUUUUAGUUUUCUCAAAUGCGCUGUUUUUAUUGUCUGAGAUGCAGUUAUUCAGGUAAUCUAUAAACCUCUCUUCUCAGCAAAAGCAGUUUUGUUCUUUUUUGGUCUUUUCAUAUUUUUAGAUUUUAACCCUUUUUUUUUUUCCUUUCAUGAUUCUAGAGCUCUUCUAUAAUGCAUUUGCAGCAGUCUAGCAAAUAAAGUAAUUGAUUUUGGUUAUCUCUUAUACAAUGCUUAGCUAAUAUGCCAGCUAAUAAACCGUACUCAGUUUCUCACUUGAGGCUAAGGGACAGCCUGAUACUCUGUGCUUUGUUAAGGAAUGUUCUCAUCAUCCUUUGCUCCUGCUACUUCUUAAAUGGUGGUCUAAGUCAGAUUGUGGUCUUUCAGAAGUCAGUAAUUGUGUCCAGAAUAGGAAAUCUCAGUUCCUGGCAGCUCUGCUUUGUUUGCAAGCCACCUACCACUCUUCUGUCAGCGUUCUUUUAUGAGCUUACGAAACUUUAAGUAUCUGUAAUCCUGAUUUAAAACUUAAAUUUAUUUUUUUUACACUAGGACUGUGAACCUAAAAUUUUGAUGCCUAUCCCUUUGCUAGCUCUUAGGCAAAAAUACAGAGCAAUAAUAUAAGCUGAUACGUGCUGUUUUCUUGAUGUCUACUGUUGUGGUGGUGAUGGCUUGUGACUGUAAGUAAUAGGGCAAUGUCUUAAGUGUAAUGUGUUGCCCCAUAUAUGGAUUGGGAAGCACUGCUAGGAUAAGACCUACGUAUCCCUGCAAGGCUGAAGGCAUGGAAAAGAUUGUCAGAUGUAAUUAUCCAGUGCAGCGUGCCAAGACUAGUUAUUUCAGUAUUUAUUCACUCUCAGACAGGUUUCACAGCCCCUGAAUGACCCCACGCUGCUAGCAGGCAGCUGCAAAGCUUGUUAAGGUAUGUCUAUUUAAGCUGUGGUAGCACUUUUGACAGGCGAGAAGUGCCCAUCAUCUUGAUGUAUGUCCCUUUAUUAUGUCAGCAUGUUGCAUCAUGGAGACCCUUUCCAGUCUCUAUUACAAGAGUGCUCUGGUGCUGAACAGCUUCCAAAGCCAUAGCAACAUGGGGUAGUGCUUUGUGUCAGCUGUUGUGUAUGACAAAACCUGUUGCAUUUGCAGUUCGGACAAAUGUCGGUUAUAGUGCAGCUCAUGAUGAUGAUGUUCCAGUCCCAGGCAUGGCCAUCUCAUUUGAAGCUAAAGAUUUUCUUCACGUUAAAGAAAAAUUUAACAAUGACUGGUGGAUAGGACGGUUGGUAAAAGAAGGCUGUGAAAUAGGAUUCAUACCAAGCCCAGUCAAACUAGAAAACAUGAGGCUGCAGCAUGAACAGAAGGCAAAGCAAGGGAAAUUCUACUCCAGUAAAUCAGGAGGAAACUCUUCAUCCAGUCUGGGUGACAUAGUUCCUAGCUCCAGAAAAUCGACGCCUCCAUCAUCUGCUAUAGACAUAGAUGCCACUGGCUUAGAUGCAGAAGAAAAUGAUAUUCCAGCAAACCAUCGCUCCCCCAAACCCAGUGCAAACAGUGUAACAUCACCCCACUCCAAAGAGAAAAGAAUGCCCUUCUUUAAGAAGACAGAGCACAUCCCUCCCUAUGAUGUAGUGCCUUCUAUGAGACCUGUAGUUUUAGUGGGACCUUCUUUGAAGGGAUAUGAGGUAACAGAUAUGAUGCAAAAAGCAUUAUUUGAUUUUUUAAAACAUAGAUUCGAAGGGCGUAUAUCAAUUACACGAGUCACAGCAGACAUCUCGCUUGCCAAACGCUCAGUAUUAAACAACCCCAGUAAGCAUGCGAUAAUAGAGCGAUCCAACACAAGAUCAAGCUUAGCUGAAGUUCAGAGUGAAAUUGAACGGAUUUUUGAAUUAGCAAGGACACUGCAGUUGGUAGUGCUCGAUGCUGACACCAUAAAUCACCCAGCGCAGCUGAGCAAAACCUCUCUGGCACCCAUUAUAGUAUACGUAAAGAUUUCUUCUCCUAAGGUUUUACAGAGGUUAAUAAAAUCUCGAGGGAAAUCUCAGGCCAAACACCUUAAUGUUCAGAUGGUGGCAGCUGAUAAACUGGCACAGUGUCCUCCCGAAAUGUUCGAUGUAAUUCUUGAUGAGAACCAGCUGGAAGAUGCUUGUGAGCACCUUGCUGACUAUCUGGAAGCCUACUGGAAGGCCACACAUCCGCCUAGCAGCAAUCCUCCUAACCAGCUUCUCACUCGGACACUUGCAACAGCCACUCUUCCUAUUAGCCCAGGUCCAAAUAUUAACUUACAGCAGGGAUCUCAAGGAGACCAGAGGAAUGACCACUCAGUCCCUGAACGCAGCAAUUCACAAAUUGAAGAGGAAGCACGGGUUGAACCCAUCAAGAAAUCCCACCAUCGCUCUUCAACCCAACACCAUAACCAUCGCAGUGGUGUUAGAGGCCUUCCUAGGCAAGAAACUUUUGACUCAGAAACACAAGACAGCAGAGAUUCGGCUUACGUAGAGCCAAAGGAGGACUAUUCACAUGAGCACGGUGACCACUAUGAUUCUCACAGGGAUCACAAUCAUAGAGACGAGUCCCAUGGUGAUCACAGACAUAGAGAAUCAAGGCAUCGGUCAAAGGAGAGGGACCGGGAGCAGGACCACAAUGAAUGCAACAAACAGCGAAGUCGUCAUAAAUCGAGGGACCAAUAUUGUGAUAAGGAUGGGGAAGUGAUAUCUAAAAAACGUAACGACGCGGGAGAAUGGAACAGGGAUGUUUACAUCCGUCAGUAACUUUUGCCUCUGGCACUCUUGUGUUUCUUUGAAGUCUUGUAACAAUGCCCCUUGAAAAUAUCUUUGGGUUGUUCAUUGCAGAACAUAUGGUAUCCUUCUGUAUGCUGAUUUGUAUUGCUGUUGCUUGCAUAGCAAUAGCAUGAAAUAGAAUAUUCAUAUACUUAUUUUUUUUGGUUAGUGCUAUAUGAAUUAGCGUGGUACAGCUGCAGAGUUCCUGAUGUUGUACUAUGCCAUUUUUCAAGCUUUUUUUUUUUUUGGUAGCUGCCACUUGAACAAUAUCUGUUGCCAUCAAGGUGUUGUUAGUGUUUUUUUUUUUUUUUUUCCAAAGGUACCUUUGAUGUUUAAUAACUUCCCAUGUAUUCAGCAGGCCAGAAUCAGCACAUAAAAAUCUAAAAGUUUUUGUCUGCUCUGAUUUUUAAUUUGUUAUGCACUUGAUUUGCAUAUUGGUUUAAGAGCCACUAUCUGUUGCUUGUACCUCUGGUGGACUCCAUUUGGGAACGGAUUUCAGUCUUGCCUUACACACAGGGGAUCAUGAGGUCAAAAUCUAUUUUCUAUGUACUGGUACUGUGUACUGUAUAUACAGUUUAUAAAUGUUAUUUCUGCAGACACCUUCUUACUAUAUAAGUUUAAUCACACUGUUUUAGAGUCCUAAUGCCAAGUCAGCAGAUUUGCUUUUGAAUUACUGGCAACUGGAACUAGCCUCAUUUAGGGAAUCUGUAACAGUGUUCAAUCUAAAUACUACUUCUUCUGUAGCAGAAAGCUUAUACUAAAUGUAAAUAUGAAGGAGUGCUUGAGAUAGAGGAUCUAAAAAACUCUUACAUCUUAUCUUGUCCUUGCAAACCCAAUUUUGUAUUUUGAAUUUACGGUAAAGAUAACAAGCUUACCACUAUAAAUUAUUCUUGUUUACACAGGUAACAAAGUUGCAAUGGACACAACCUAAUUUUUGUUCUAUUGUCAGAAUAAUAGAGCACAAGUGACAGAGGUAUGUAUGUGAGUGAGUGGGUGGUGGAUAGGCAGCCAUGUGUCUGGGCACAUUAAGCAGCAAAGUGUGAGAAUCUAUCGAAGAAAACAAAGGUUACUCAAAAGCCCAAGGAGUUUGUUUCUUUAUUCUUUUAUUAAUUUAAAAAUCCAAAUUGCAGUCAGGGAACAUGAGGGAGUUUACUGACCCUGGUAAUUGAGAAAGCAUAAAUCUGCUGGCUCCUGUUGAGACUUCAAGAGAGUAAAACCAGGCAAAUGUUACUGUGAGUGUUUCACUGGAACUGUAAAAUCUUUGUGUUUUUGAGUAUUUGUUUAGUAAGAAAAGUUUACACAGCUUGUGGAGAAUUAUUUUGUUGGAAAAUAAAUUUUUGUAGCUUCUCCACUUUUUCUACACUUGCCAAUUCCUCUGCAUUCCCACUUUGCAGACAGCUCACUGCUUUUCCUUCACUUAAAAUGUGCUGACAGUGGGAGAUUAGAAAAAUGUGACAAAAUAUUCUGUUGGAAGCUUACUAUAGAAAAUGCAUUGAAAGCAAAAGGAGUGAAAACAGUUUGUUUUGCAUUGAUCACCUGUGACACUGGUAAGUGAGGGGAAAUUCAGUUCUUUUUGGCUACAGGUUCCAUACCCUUGCCUACUGUAUAGGCUGUUCUGCACCACAGAGUCUUUGUAGUAAUCGUAUGAAUGAAAUACUUCUUAGAUUUCACUGUAAAUAGCACAUUAUAGAAAAACUGUAGUGGGAUAGUAAUUCAUUUAGCUGGAAUUUUUUUUUAUUUAUUAUUUUAAUUCUGGGAAGUUGCCUGAUUUUGACUAUCAUUUUAGUGAAAUGGAGGUGCAUGCUUUCUUCAAUCCGAUCCAACAUCCAAGCAGUUCAGUUUGACUCCCUCAGACAUAUGUUGCUCUCCCUUAUGCUUCAUAUGCAUUUUUUACAACUCAAGAGGGUGAAAUUCUGUUGUCAGAUAUCUGGACAUUCCUGCUAGUGCUGCUGACUGUUGUGGUUGUUCAAGGGUAAUACUUGGCUCAGAGCAUGUACUGUGGGGAACACAAGGAAAAGAGUAUUAUUCUAUAAACAAAAUUUUCAGCAUUUCUUUAAACACCACUAAAUGACUUUGUAGGCAAAGGAAGCAUAGGUAAGUAGACCUCUUGUAGUACUAAAUGGAUAGGUAAGGCCAUCAAAAAAGUGGCUUUUGAUACAAGGGGUUUCUCAGGGUAUCAGUGGAGAAAAACACUGACAGAAUUUGUUGUUUGAGUCAUAUCAGAUCAUGUUUUAAUGCAAAAAGUUGCAUUGUCUUGUUCUAUAUAGCCUGGCUUUAGGUAUUUUAUCAGCCUCAGUAAAUGCUGUUGCUCCCUGUAACUGUUACAUGACAGCCAUGGCUUCCAAGAAGUGAUGUAAUGAUUCUGCUACAGUACCUUGAAUAGUUUUACUAUUUUCUUUUUUGAAUUUGCUACAGGAGGUGUUAAUUUUUCACCUUUCUUAAGUUAUUUUUAAGAAUUGUUUGGCAGAAUUUCAAAAGACUGAGUAGUUAUGAAAACCACGGAUUUAGGUACCCACGUACAGACAAAUAAAGAGAAAAAUAAACGCACAGGUCAAGCCCCAGUAUUUAAGUAUGGUCUGGAUAUUGAUUGAUAGGAUAUAAAUAUCUUACAAAGAAAGCCAUGUCCCCAUCCAGCUGAAGAGAGUUAGGUUUUGUAUAGUUGAACUAACAAUGUAUAGGCAACAUACUAACACAUUUCUUAGGCAGACACUCUGUAGGUUUUACUUAGUCUUGCUAAGGUAUUUUUUCUUCAGUUAUUAAGAGUGACAGAUCAGUUGUAAUGUGAGCUUGUACUACAGAUUUUGCACAAUACCACCUGCCUGCUGAGCACUACUUUGAAAAGCACUUUAACAGAAUUAUUUCAACAAGAAGCUUUAAAGAUACUCCGACUGGAGGACAUAUCAAAGGUUAUUGUGAUGAAAUGUAUUUGCAAAGUUUUGCAAAUAGAAAGUUUAGUAUUGGUUGCAUUAGGAUACUAAUGAGUUCAUAUUUCUGUAUCUGGUUUCAGGAGCUUUGAAUCUGAGGAAUGCUAGAGGUCCCAGUGAGCUCCAGAGUCUUCUUGUGUCUGUGUGGUACAAAACAACCUGUAGCAUUUCUAUUCAAAGGGGCUAAAAAGAUAAAACUAAUGAGUGAGAGGGAAAGGCAGGAAAAUAAAGCAGUUGAGCUGUACAUAGAGAAUCUUAUCAACCCUAGCUCUGUAUUUUUCCAGAGGAUUUAAGUAUAUGGAAGGAAUGGGAACAUUCCUGUGUAUAUAUGUCUGGUGUUUACCGUUUUUUGUAUAUCUUCUCAAAUGAAUAGAGAAGUUCAGGUCUAUCAGUUGUUCAGUGUCACAGACGUUGCAGAAGAAAGAAUUCUUGAGGAGGGACUGGAAGGAGGUGGGAAUGACAGUCUCCAGGCCUCUUAAGGGACGGGACAGUGGGGAUGGAUAAGCAGAAGGAUUUAUACACAGAGGUGUGAAGAGUUGGAAGAAACUGUUUUGAAAUAGAUUCAUAAAGUUUAUCUACCACCUAGCAAGAUUUAUAGAUGCCAAGAAACCAAUACUACUGAAUUCACACAGUGUUUGGCAUCAGGAAUCUAGAAUUUGAGAAGCCCUUGAGAAUUUAUGCUUCUCAAGGUGUAAAAUAUAAAGGGAACCUUCUAAGGACUUGGCCCUAGUUAGUUAAGGCAGGUCUCAAAGCUACAGAAAUUGAGUGGAGUGCUUCACAGAAAUCCGUAGAAUGAUGCCUGUAGAAUGAUGCCCUUACUAUAAAUGGAGAUUAAGGAAAGUCAGUCCUCCUCAUCAAACCCUGAAUCAAUGUAGAGAACUGUUUUCACUUUUCCCUGCAUGGUUGCUCAUCAACAUCCUUUGCAUUCUCUAUGUGCAGCUCCUGCCCAGUUCUCAUGCCCCAUCAUACUUACUCUUUUCUAUCAAAUCAUUAGCAAUUGUCAUUUUUAAGCUCCAUUGGGUUGUAAAGUCAUAUUCAUGUUCUGUGACAACUGCAGGGGCUUUAGGAUGGACCAUUAUCAUUCCCUUACAUGGAAUGCCGUGACUGGUCUGAUUGCUUUUAAUCAGGGUCUGUCCUGAGAAAAAAGCUUACAGUCAAGUACCUCCUGUGGUAGCUCCUCCAGAUGUGCUUUUGUUUCUGGUUACAUUUGACCUCUGAUCAAGCUGUUUCCCAAAUGUUCAUUCUGAUAAAUCUCUUUUUUGUUCCUGCAGUUUCGACUUUAAUUCUGUUCCCUCCAUGCAAAUAAAGCACACUGCAAACAACUGUUACACGGUCUAAAGGAAGAACAGAGACAUUCUUUUUCAGAGUGUAACAUAAUAUUUCUGCUGUGCAUUUACUUACAUUUCUUACCUUAUUGCAGAUCGUUUACCAAAAUUUUAGCUGUUCGUUCAUCUUUAAACUCCACAGAUAAUGUUUUAUUUCAAAUGUUUUUAAUCAGAUGUGAUUCGGUUAAAUUUACUGUUUGGCAGUUUGUCUAUAAUUUAUUUCCCCCCUUUUUUUUGUAAAACAAGCCGUGAUAAAUAUCAUCUCACAGUAAUUUUAUAGGCAGUUUCUUUUUAUAGCUUACCAUUCCAGAGAUGUGUUCCUAUGCAGCCCCCAGAAGAGAUCUAUAUCAGAUAUAAUAGAAAUCCAGCUGGUUCUUUCUACUUAUCUGUCUCCUUUCUUACUUGAUUCUUGCCACUUAUCGUACCAAAGUGGAUUUGCUCAUAAUUUUUCAGUGAACAACAAACCGUAAAAAAGAAGGUUCUUUAUAUUUUAAAUUGCCUACUCCAGAGCCAUUUCUUGUCAAAUGCCAUGACCAGCCUAUUUCUUUUCCUUAAAGCGUACACGAAACCCCACAACCUAAAAGUCAGUGGGCUCUACCACAAGUAAACAGAAAGAAGCUGUAGAAUAAUGUCAUACAAUGGUAGGCUGCUGUUUUAAUAUUUUUUAUAUUGACAGAGAUGUUUAGAUUUGGCACUAUUACUAAUCACUAUUUCUACAAAUAGGGAAAGGUACUUUUCAGAUUCUGGCUUUUUAUUUUUGAUAGACAGGAUCUGAUUGUAUAUCUAAUCUAUAUACAUAUAUAAGUAAAUACAUAAAUAACUAUACUGUGCUUCAGCACCUGACACUGAAGCAUAAUGAUUCAGUCUGCAAAGCAUUCUUAUUAGGAAAGUAACCUUAUUAUGUGUCAAAAAUACAUAUACACCAUACAUCAAAGUUGUGAAAAUGAUUAAGUAUUUAAAUUCCUGCAAUUUUAAAGUCACGGUCACAUUGGAAAGAAAAGGAAAAAGAAAGAAUGGCAUCCAUGCAACUCAAGACAUGUAACUUAGCCAAGUCGAAGGAAGGAGCUUGGCUCCUUCAAAGAAUGAUUUCAGUGUCUCACCUACAUUUCUCUUCUGAACUGCUUGGUGGAGAAGUCUCUCUUUCUCUCUCCCUCCCUCCCUCUGCUUUCCCCCUUCUCUGCUUCUUGUCAGUUCCCCCUGACUCCCAGGAAUUACUGAGAGAAGAUUGCAGAGAAACAGCUGAGGUGUAUCCCUUUAAUUUACUGAAUAUGGUAUUUUAUGUCUAGCAGUGAUCUUUCAAAACUAACUCCCAUCGUUAAAAGUUCAGAUAACAGCAAUGGUUUUUUCAGGUUAAGUCCAGUCUGCAACUACACUGGAACCAAAUGUGAGACAUUUACAAUUGUGGUUUUUUGGCCCUAAGAAGUUUCUCAUAUAAAAUCAAUUGAGAUCACUCUCCUGAAAAGCCUGAUUAUGAUUCGAAACUGAAAAAAUAUGGGAAAUUCUCAGUGAGCUUUUUACUAAAGUCCAGCACUGCACAGAUCCUGCUACUGAAACUGGAGGCAAAAGUUCCUCCGUUUAUACGAAUGUGCAACUUUCAAUAUACAGUCUCUGUAUGCUGAUUAAUGUUUACAGAAUUGAUAUAUUCUGAAAAAAAAAAAGUUUUUUUUUUUUUUUUUACCAGCACUGAGUCCAAGAUUUCAACAUGUACUUACAAUAAAAGAUUAACACCUUUUGUUGGCAAGUAGUUAUUUUGCCAUGUUUAGACUACAAAUACUGUAAUUUAUAAUACGAGCAAUUCUGAAUCUAGGUAGGUUUUCUCACGUAACACUGAUGAAACGAGAGCUUCAGUCUCCUUUUGGCAUGUCAUGGUUAACAGCAAGGUGUGACCUCCAAAAGAGGACACUUCUCUCCUCCUAUCCUGCUGGGAUAGGCCUUACAGAGUAUGUGCUGAUCAAUCUUAGCAGAACAGAAGAGACGACUAAUUGAACAACAGUAGAAAAUGUGUUAUAUCAAGACACUUAUAAGUAAAGAACCAGACUACUGAGUUGUAUAAAUUAUUUUGACUAUGAGCACUUCUGACAAUACAAAGGUAAAUUAUAAUGGUAUCCUUUUUAGUAACCAAAUAACGAGGAGUGCAAAAUAAGGUAUUUUUUACAGAGAAUGCUUUUUAAGAAGUGUAAAAUUAGUAAGAAAAAGAAAGAACCAACAACAAAACACAGAUGUCAGUUCAGGUUUUUGAAGCGUGCUUGUCUUUCCCCUGCAUUUUUGUGCUAUUUCUAACAGUACUGCAAAAAGAGAACAUUAUUCGGACAGAGAACACCUCUGUAACCGAAGCAGAGUUUGCAGAUGUAAACAACACGUUUAAGAAACUUAAAGUAUUGAAUCUUUGACAGUGUAUGGAGUCAGUUCUCAUCAGCAUGCUCCCCCCGUUUCGACCUUCAUUUGAUUUGAUGCUUUCUAACCAGUUAAGAGUUAAUAUCCUUAGUUGUUUGAAAGGUGAUUUGCAACAUUUCAGAUGAUAUUAACGCACUGUUUUCUGUCUUUUGGUAUUUCGAUCACAACUGUAGCCCCUUCUAUUGCAAAUGUUUGAUUUUAAAGUUGUCAUUGGUCAGCCACUCCAGACGGCUGUUUCAGAACCAAUACAGUUUAUGCAUGGGAAGUUUGAUGUUGAAAUAAUAUUUAUUUACAUUCCCAGAGUGAGAUGGUUUAAUAUAUUCAUGCUGCUAUAAAAGACCUGCUACAAAGCCUAAUCGUAUUUUGUGUAUAUACUAUGUGUACAGAGAUUCUUGCUUGUAUUAAAAUAAAAGAGAAAUGAGGUUCUAAGUA